CAAUGCAGCACUACCUGUAUGGAAGUAUCGAAGAGCGGAAGCUUGAAGCCAAACUACAUCCUUACAUCCAAACUGUUUCCACCACAAUUCGAAACCUUGAAUCGUACGUAUGCGUGCGUGAACUCAUAGUCCCAUGUCUAAAUGGUAGAACGACGAGUUAAAGGUAGAUAAAAAGUGGAAAAAAUCAAUAAGAUACGGAAUCAUCCACAAUAUCCAAAUAAAAAUAUAGUUAUUGUGCUCCGGGGCAACUGAAAAGUUAUUGGACAGAAAAAUGUCGGGAGCAGUGUACCAACCAACAACUGUGACAUACGAGUCCAACGGGACCCAGGACAGAUGGCAAGACAGACCCAUAAGCUACCUGGCCUCCACAGUCACACAGACAGCGAGAAGGCCCUGCGGCUUGGACUGCCUGCCAUCCAGGAGCAUACUUCCGAUUAUAUUGAUUUCGACUUGUGUGGCUUCCUUUUCCUUAGGAUUGGUUAUGCUGAUACAUGGGGCCCUAGGGUAUUCCGAGAACCCGGAAAGCAAUGAGGAUUUCUAUCUGGUGGUAACCAUAAUCGGAGCGAUACUUUUUGCGCUGUCCAUAUUGCUGUUUGUGUUCUUCCUGCGUCUAACCAGGAGGAUGUGUUGGAGAAACGCAAAAGACCACAUGGGCACGUCGGGCGGUCAGGCGCUCACAGUCAAUCCGUCUACGGAUCUGCUGGUAGCAGCGCAGUACGCCCCCGUAUCCGAAGUGGCUUACCAGCCGGCUCAACAGGAGGACACGGAACAGAGCAAGCUCAUGCCCCAGGAAAACAAGGAGCUUACUAACGAAGAUACGGACCGUAUGGUCGAGAGCGACCCGAGAAUCGUUUUACGUCCUCUGAACCCUCCCGCUCACGAAGAAACCUAAAAACCGCCCGCGAGUACCUUUAUCAGUACUUAACUACACGAACCGUGUGGUACUUAAGGUAAAGACAACUUUAACUUUGUAAUUUAAAGACUUCACACACCUAAUUUAUCUUUGUUGUUGAAAUACUGAAUCGAGGCUGUAAUAUCUAUAAAAAAAAAUUCUGGGCGUGAUUCGAAAAAGUGAACCUCGGGGAUCCGCGUCGGGGCUAGUGGGUUCGAGAAUACGGUAAAGGGCGGCACUUUUUCGUUUUACGCUGGUGUUCGGGCAACAAUUUCAAAUAUAUCACUUAAUCUAAGUAACCUGCUGUGAAAUUCUAAUUAAGGGACUACAUGCUUCCUGCUUGUAUAGGAAUUUAUUUUUUCCAAUUUAAACGCGACUGGGAAGUCGAUCGGGCAUUUCUAUAAAGUCAAUUUUCGGCGGUAUUUCCUAAUAACGACUGCAAGAUUUAUCACAAUUUAAGCGAGAACGUUCCCAAUAUUUCGAAAAGUCUAUUUUCUUAAGUAAUUACGCUGGUCGUAGUUAUGCUAACGAGAUCAACGUUUAGGAACAAAAAAAAUCGACUAGUUUUUAAGGACUCUUAAAUCAUUCAGUUGAGAACGUAAUUUGUGGUAAACAUUAAGAAACGAUUGCCAAACAAGGAGAUUAUUGCAAUUUAACGCACUGUAUUUGUUACGCUAACUUUUGAUGUUUUUUAGUUUUUAGGACUCGUUUGUAAAUCUAGGUUAGGAGUUAAGCAUCUCUUCGAGGUGAACCUCUUUUGGUGCCGUAACGAUGGACCACAAUGAAUCGCCGUACUGAAAGUCGAAUCUCAAACUAUUUUUUUAUUUCCAUUGAUUCCCUCCAUUAUAGUGCAGAGUUCGCGUCCUGGUCAAAAUUGUAGGUUAGACUGAGCCGCUGGCGCCUUUUCGGAACCUGCGGUUUGCGGUAGGAAAUUUUUAUAGGGGAGACACCGGUUGUGACUGUGACUCAGUUACUUAUUUAUUUUUUUAUCUAUAUUUAUUAGAUAUCCAGUAUUUACGGGCUUAAAUCGAUAAAGAUACUCGAAUUAGCACGAAAUCCUCCGUGGAAUAAUCAAAUUGCGUUUGAAUUCGUCACAGAGUAGUCACAUCUCAAUCUUUGUUAAUUUAAGUCCGAAAUGUCAAAAAAAGUGCAAAGAAUUGAUAAAAUCGUAUGUAAUUAUUAUCCAUAUUUUAUAUUUAUGCAUUGACUUAUUCUAUUGAUUUAUAUUUUUUGUAACAAGAGCAUUAAAUUAUAA